AUGGUCGAUCCAUUAAAAAUCUUUUGGGUUUUGACAAAUAGCACCUAUUUGGCGACGAAUAUUCGAUACCAGAUCACAGGCGGUAACAUAGGCAAUGCAUUUGCCGUACAGAACACGACCGGUGUCAUCUACGUGGCCAGUCCGCUAGACUAUGAAGCACGACCAAGGUAUGAGCUGCGUUUGGAGGCAACACGCAAUCGGAAGAACAACUACACCACCGUUGUAAUUAAUGUACGCGAUGUUAACGAUAAUCCACCUGUAUUUGAUCGUCAAACAUAUCGCACACAAAUCACUGAAGAAGACGAUCGGAAUUUGCCCAAACGCAUUUUGCAGGUUACUGCUACGGAUGGCGAUGUAGAUAGACCAAUAAAUAUUGUAUAUUUCCUAACUGGCCAGGGCAUCGACCCUGAUAAUACGGCAAAUAGUAAAUUUGAUAUAAAUCGCACAACUGGCGAUAUUUUUGUACUCAAGCCAUUGGACCGGGAUCAGCCCAACGGGCGGCCGCAAUGGCGUUUCACAGUAUUUGCCCAGGAUGAGGGCGGCGAGGGUUUGGUCGGCUAUGCGGACAUUCAAGUUAAUCUGAAGGACAUCAAUGACAAUGCGCCACAGUUUCCGCAGGGCGUCUACUUUGGCAAUGUCACCGAGAAUGGCACAGCCGGUAGCCCGGUGAUGACAAUGUCUGCCAUUGACUAUGACGAUCCCAACGAGAGCACAAAUGCCAAACUAAUCUACUCAAUUGAGAAGAACGUCAUCGAGGAGGAGACGGGUGCCCCCAUCUUUGAAAUUGAGCCCGAAACAGGCCGCAUCAAGACAGCCGUUUGUUGUUUGGACCGUGAACGGACACCGGACUACUCCAUCCAGGUGGUCGCCAUGGAUGGCGGUGGCCUAAAAGGCACUGGCACCGCCUCCAUACGUGUCAAGGAUCUGAACGAUAUGCCACCACAGUUUACCAAGGAUGAGUGGUUCACGGAGGUGGAUGAAACGAAUGGCACCUACAUACCCGAAACUCCUAUUCUCACUGUCACCGUGCAGGAUGAGGAUGAAACCAACACAUUCCAAUACAAAGUGGUGCCAAACAGUGGAUUUGGUUCUGACAAAUUUGCCAUGGUCCGAAAUGCCGAUGGCACGGGCUCCUUGAAGAUUAUACAGCCACUGGACUUUGAGGAUCCUCUUCAGAGCAGCGGCUUCCGCUUUCGCAUCCAAGUGAAUGAUAAAGGGGAGGAUGGUGGCAGCGAUAAGUAUCAUGUGGCAUAUUCCUGGGUCGUCGUCAAGUUGCGGGACAUCAACGAUAAUGUGCCCAGAUUUGAGCGGGAUCACAUCGAGGUGUCCAUCUAUGAGGACACAAAAGUGGGCACCAUUCUCGAACAGUUUCGGGCCACAGAUGCCGAUCAAGGUGGGCACUCGAGAGUCAACUAUAAAAUUGUGAGAGCCACCAAUCGGCGACGUCAGUUUGCCAUUAGCGACAAGGGCGCAAUUAUCAUACAACGACCCCUGGAUCGUGAGUCUGUGGAUCGUCAUAAUGUCCAGAUCUUGGCCAGCGACGAUGGAAAUCCUUCACGCACAGCCACAGCUACACUUACAGUUGUUGUCAAGGACGUGAAUGAUAAUGCUCCUACGCUGGCUGAGGAUUACAGGCCAACGUUGCCGGAGAAUGUCUCGGCCCGCAAGAUUGUUGAGGUGGCUGCCAAGGAUGUGGAUGAUCGACAGCGGGGCAAUGGAGGUCCUUUCAGUUUUCGACUCGAUCCGCUGGCCAGUGAUGAGAUACGUGUGGGCUUUAAAGUGGAAUACGAUCGACGAGGCGACAAUGGGAAUGGGGUGGCCAUCAUCUCCUCGCUGCGUCCCUUCGACCGUGAGCUACAAAAAUCCUUUACCAUACCCAUCGAGAUCAAGGAUAACGGGGCCCCUGCCAUGACGGGCACCAGCGCAUUGACGGUGACCAUUGGCGAUGUGAACGACAACAAAAUGCAGUCCGGCAGCAAGUCGGUGUUGGUCUAUAACUAUCAGGGCCAGUCGCAGGACACGCCCAUCGGACGGGUGUACGUCAACGAUCCCGACGACUGGGAUGUGCCGGACAAAAAGUAUUAUUGGGAGGCGCAGGAGCAUCAACGAUUCAAGCUCGACACUGACACGGGCAUCCUCACAAUGCGCGCUGGCACACGACGUGGUCGCUAUCAACUACGCUUCAAGGUGUACGAUCGAGAGCAUGGUCAGGAGGAUAUUCCGUCGAAUCUAAGUGUCACUGUGAGGGAUAUCACAGCUGAGGCAGUGCAGCAGGCGGGAUCCAUGCGCUUGGCCCACAUCACGGAUGAGGAUUUUGUGCGCACAUGGAAUCCGCUGAAGCAACAGGUAGAACCCUCGAAGCUGGAACGUUUCCGCAACAAACUUGCCGAGCUACUUUACACUGAUCGCGACAAUGUGGAUGUGUUCAGUGUACAGUUGCGUUCUCAAUCUCCGCAUCCCUUGACCGAUGUUCACUUUGCUGCCCGCUCCGCGACACAGCAGCCAUACUUCAAGGCGGUUCGGCUCAAUGGGGUUGUCCAGAUGCAUCGGGAAGAGAUUGAAAAGGAGGUGGGACUGAAUAUAACCAUGGUGCAUAUAGAUGAAUGUCUGCACGAGGGUCGUGGCAAAUGUCCCAGCGGUUCUUGCACCUCCCGCGUUGAUGUUGGAAAGAAACCCUACACGGUUAGUGUAAAUCGCACCGCCUUGGUGGGAGUUCGAAUGGAGUUGAGUGCGCAGUGUGUGUGCCGGGCAAGAAACUUUACGGAUCAUGAUUACAAUUGUCGCUACCAUCAUUGCUUCAAUGGGGGACGCUGUGUGGAGACACGGAAUGGACCACGCUGUGUCGCCUGUCCCGUCGGCUAUGGAGGACCUCGUUGUCAGCAAUCGACGAGGAGCUUUCGUGGCAAUGGUUGGGCUUGGUAUCCUCCAUUGGAGCUGUGCGCCGAGUCGCAUUUGAGUCUGGAGUUUAUUACACGCGAACCGGAUGGUCUGAUACUCUACAACGGCCCUAUUGUGCCGCCCAAGCAAGGCGAGCCCGUUAUCAGCGACUUCAUAGCCAUUGAACUGGAACAGGGCUAUCCACGGCUUCUUAUCGAUUUUGGCUCUGGCACACUGGAGUUGCGUGUCAAGACCAAAAAGACACUGAACGACGGUGUCUGGCAUCGUCUGGACAUCUUCUGGGAUGCGGAGAAUGUACGCAUGGUGGUCGACUUUUGUCGUACUGCCCUCGUUGCCGAGCUGGAGGAUGGCACGGCGCCAGAGUUUGAUGACAACGCCUGCCAGGCACGUGGACAGAUUCCCCCGUUUGCGGAGACACUGAAUCUGAAUCAGCCGCUGCAAUUGGGCGGCCUGUACAGGCAACACUUUGAUCAGACGCUCUACAAUUGGCAAUAUGCAUUCAGCUCAAAGGGAUUCGAUGGUUGCAUCCGCAACGUCGUUCACAACUCCGAGCACUAUGAUCUGGCAUUUCCGGCAUUAUCGCGGAAUAGUUUUCCCGCUUGCCCGCAAACGGAUGAGGUGUGUUUGAAGACGGAGCACACGGCACGCUGUUGGGAUCAUGGCAAUUGUGUGGCCAGCUUGGUUCAGGCCAAAUGCCAUUGCCAGCCAGGUUGGAUGGGUCCAGGCUGCAAUGUUCCCACCGUGCCGACCACAUUCAGAGCGCAGAGUUACGUGAAGUUCGCCUUGAGUUUCGAACCCGAUCGGUUUAGCACUCAACUUCAGUUGAGGUUUCGAACCCGUGAACAGGCGGGCGAACUUUUCCGGGUGAGCGAUCAACAUCAGCGGGAAUAUGCCAUUCUGGAGCUGCGACGUGGUCAACUGCAGUUCCGCUACAAUCUCAAUUCGCUGAGGAACGAGGAGCAUCUGCUGACGCUGACAGCAAUUGCUGUCAAUGAUGGCCAAUGGCAUGUGGUUCGAAUUAGCCGAUAUGGCUCGGCAGCCAUUAUGGAGCUGGACGGUGGCGAGUCACGACGAUACAAUGAAUCCUUUCACUAUCAAGGACAUCAGUGGCUGAGCAUUGACAAGCAGGAGGGUGUCUAUGCAGGCGGCAAGGCCGAAUAUACGGGCGUCAAAACGUUUGAGGUGCAAUCGGACUUUCAAAAAAGCUGCCUCGAUGACAUCAGACUCGAUGGCAAACAUCUGCCACUGCCACCGGCCAUGAAUGGCACCCAAUGGGGGCAGGCAACGAUGGCCCGCAAUGUGGAACGCAAUUGCCCCUCGAAUCGACCGUGCUCCAAUGUUAUCUGCCCGGAUCCUUUUGAUUGCGUUGAUUUGUGGAAUGAGUACGAGUGCACCUGCAGCGAAGGACGCAUCAUGUCAACGGAUACAAAAGGCUGUGUCGAUCGCAACGAAUGCCUAGACAUGCCCUGCUUAAACGGUGGCACGUGCAUCAAUCUGGAGCCGCGUCUGCGAUAUCGAUGCAUUUGCCCCGAGGGAUAUUGGGGCGAGAACUGUGAACUGGUGCAGGAGGGACAGCGACUGAAGCUUAGCAUCGGCGCCUUGGGCGCUAUAUUCGUUUGCCUGAUUAUCAUAUUGAUUCUCGCAUUGAUAUUCGUGUUGUAUAAUCGCAAGCGUCGGACGAGCAAAAAGAAGAAGCGUUCCGGCACCGAGAAGGAUGUGCGCGAAACGGUGAUUAGCUACGAGGACGAAGGAGGCGGUGAGGACGAUAUGACGGCAUUCGAUAUAACACCAUUGCAAAUACCCAUCAGUGCACAAGGAGGAGGCACAAUGCCACCGGACAUUGCCGCCUGUAAGAUGCCCAUAAUAUAUCCAGUGAUGACGCUGUUGCCACCGGGUCAGGAGUUGAAUGUGGCAUAUCUGAUGGAGGAGCGAAAGCAACGCAUCGAUAAGGAUCCCAAUGCGCCGCCGUUCGAUGACCUGCGAAAUUUUACGUUCGAGGGGAGUGGCAGCAUUGCUGAAUCGCUCAGCUCGUUGGCAUCAGGCACAGACGAUGAGAAUCAAGACUUUAACUAUUUACAAAAUUGGGGUCCACGUUUCAAUGCCCUUGCCGCGAUGUACGUGCAUGAUAAAGCGAAAACCAAACAGCAACAACACGAGUCUCAACUAGGUGGCGCCACGCCAGCGGAUAAUGGCCUGGCCGUGGUUGCAACGGGCAGCGGUGCCGGACCGGGCGGUGGUGCUGGUGGUGCCAGUCCCACAAUGGACCCGGACAAAGUUGUAUUAUAAAAAUAA